AUGGAGAUGCCGGGGACACAAGACAACCACGUGUACCGUGACGUGGCCGGAGUAUACGUCAGCCACAUCUUUAAGGAGUUCAACCUGCGUUCUGCCUUAACAUACAAGGCCAGACCAGAGGACGUCUUUGUGGUGGGCUUCCCAAAGUGCGGAACGACCUGGAUGCAGUUCAUCAUCCUCGCAAUCUACAAUGACGGUGCCACAUCCAGGGACUUGUACAAGUUUUUCCAAAUGUCACCGUUUCUUGAAUACGUCGGAUCUGAGGCCGUGUUAGCGUCUCCCACUGGUGGACCCAUUAAGACGCAUUUGCCAUACGACAAGGCGCCUUUCUCAGAACAGGCAAAAUACGUCUAUAUCUGUAGAAACCCGUACGAUUGCUGCGUGUCCUUCUAUCACCACACCACCAACUUCCCCGUAUAUCGCUUCGAAGAUGGAACCUUCGAACAAUUUUUGACGAUGUUUCUAGCCGGAAAAGUGGAUUUUGGAGACUACUUUGACCAAGUUCUCUCCUGGUACAAGCACCGCCACAAACCGAAUGUUAUGUGGGUAAACUACGAAGACCUCAAGAGGGACACCCGGUCUCACGUGCUAAAAAUUGCUAUUUUCUUGGGAGAACACUAUGCAAAGAGGCUUCUGAAACAUCCUGAAAUUAUGGACAAGAUAUUGGAGGCGACCAGCAUUCUGACAAUGAAGGGCUUCAACAGCGAAAUUAGGAACUUUACGCUAGCGGCUAAUAGCAACCAGGACGUUCAAGGAGGCUCUGAGCGAGCCCCUUUCGAUGCUACGUCUACUUUGUUGCAAAAGCCAAUGUCUGGAGACUUCUUUCGCAAGGGCGUAAACGGGGAUUGGGUCAAUCAUUUCACGUCAGAUCAAGUGCAGAAAAUGAAAGCACGAAUCGCCGAGAAAACUGCGGGCAGUGACCUCUUUAAGCUGUGGGAAGGCUUAAAUCUCCCAUGA